AUUCAAUUUUGCAUGGUUCAAUGGAAGAAAGUUCGGAACUUUCUUUCUUGAAAGUAAUUCUGGUUUUAUUUUGUGUCUCUGCUUUUAUUUGCUUUGAGCUUCUUACAAGGUCUGGUUCUAGACUCGCAGGAACAAGUACUGCUUUUUUUUAAUCUAGCAGUUAAGAGUUAUCUAGCAGGUUGUCCAGAAUAUAUUGUGCAGUGAAUUUCAGUUUUGGGUUUAAUUUCAACUUUCUACUGUGUAAAUGCUACUACAAGGAUACUUCAGCUAUUUUCAAAGAGCUUAAGAUUCUUUCAAGUUUGAGCCAAACCCUUUUAUUGUACUCACUACCUCUGAUCAAGCCAGGAAGCUCAGUAAGUUCCUACAGUUGCUGGUCUUCUGAGAACAACAACACAUGGCGUGCAGAUAAUUAUCCUUUCUUGUACUGAUUGGGGGCCAUGCUCACCUCUUAAUUGAUGUAAAUUUUUUGAGGUUGCUAGUGUAGUAAAACCCAAAGACAUGCAGAUUCGAUGGAUUAUUUAACAGAGAACCUUACAUCACACCUGGAUUGAAGCUUAUACGAUUGCACUAAAAACUCUGUUAUCACACACUACUUACUUCUUGAUGUUGCAUGUACAAUUUUAUUUACAAUCUGUCAUUAAGAGUUUGUUGGUGUUAUUAUGAUUUCUUUCCCCCCUCUCUUUUUCUCCCAAAGAUAGUUUAAGGAUAUUCAUUAAUCAUAUUUGUUUUUGUAGGCGAGUAGAGUCUUAGAGCUGCACGAUGGGUCGAAGCAGAAAUAGAAGACGGAAGCAGCAGAAGCUUGUUAAUCUGGAUUGGACAGAGCUGCCUCGGGGUAUCCUUGAGAUCAUCUUUGAGCGACUGACUGUGACUGAUUCUUUGAAUCUAUUCUCUACGAACAAAACUGAUCUUCCCAAAACAUGGAACUUUUAUCAUAAGAUGGUUCUCUCGGGUCUUCCCAUCCUUGAAAACUAUGUUUGCUUGCUUGUUCAUCGUCCGUGUUGGGAGCUUGCUUUUUGGGUCCCAGGAGCUGAAUCGUGGCUUAAACAUAAACUGUAUGGUGAGCCAUUUGAGGAUGCUGUCUUCUGUGAUGGAAGUUUCUAUCUUAUAAGCAAUGAUUAUAACAUUUGGCAGAUUAAGUCUGCUAAUAUCUUUGCUAGCAUUAGAACAUAUGAUGCUUAUGAGGUAAAAAUAGAUUGUCAUGAAAUAAUAAUGUCUGAGGAGCAGGAAAAUAGUGGUGUGUUGAAGUAUCUUGUGGAAUCUUGUGGGGAGCUGCUUCUUGUUUGUAGGCUUUAUAACACCAAAGCAGAGGCUAUUCUUGAAACACAUGAUUUCAAAGUAUAUUCAUUGGAUUUUAGCCUGAUGUCCUGGAAGAGGGUACAUGAUUUGGGGGAUAAAAUCUUAUUUCUAGGCAAAUGUUGUUCGCGGUCUGUUUCUUCGACGGAACUUGGUGUUGCGAUGAGGAAUCGUAUCUAUUUCUCUAAUGAUCAUGCUGCUCCAUGGUGGAACGAAUGGGAUUCCGAUCAUCUUUAUGGAAUUUCAGCUAGGCUUAAUCUGAACAAUGCUGGAAGAAAGGAUUGGGGCGUGUUCAGCCUUGGCAAUGGAAUUCAUGAGGACUUUUGCUUUCGUGGCAAUCGAGACAGAUGGGGACCGAUUUGGUUAACUUGCCCCCAAUGGUGGUGCUGUAGGAAAUUGGCUGUUAACCGAUAUAGUAACUAGUAAAUGUAGCUCAUCUAUGGGGAUCGUGGCAUGGCAGGGAUUCUCUUUUUCGCUAUUUUGUUCCACUUAGCAUAUCACAGGGAAGGAGCUUAUUUCAGUGAUUAUGAGAGUUUGAAGAUGCUCCAUGUACAAGCUAGACGUGCAGCUUAUUAGCAGCAUACCUUUUGUAAGUAGAAAAAUAUCAGACAUAUUAUAUUAUAAUUAGUGAAACAUGUCCCUGCGUGGUCGGUGCUUGCAGUAAUUAUAUUUUAGAAUUUUGGCCGGAUGCAAAUCCAGCCUACCUUUACAUUAACAAAGCUUUCUUUUA